CGACUUGUUGAAUAUGCGAAAUGUCUAAAGAAUGCGUAAAAAGAAUACAAAAAGCGAGGUGCAAGUGCAGAAAUCAGCUGCAACCAACUCCAAGGCAGCCGCGUCGGCAGGCGGAACUCGGCUUGCCUUUAUCGACUGCACUGCAAGCACAACAGCGCACUCAGGCCCGCUCACCCAACAGUCGGUGAGUGCUACUUGGCUUCCAGGGAACGCCAUGCUGCCCCGGAGAAGCCAUCAAUAAUUAUUCGCGAUCCACGAAACGUGCAACCGACGUUCACUGAACGUGGGGGCAGGCGCACAAUUCAACCGGCGAAUGCCCCGGCACGCUUCCAAAACGUUUCCAGCAGAGUGCGGUAGAGGGCAGCACAAGAAAACGAAAAAAAAAAAAAGAAAGAAAGGCGGAUUAUGGCUUUGCGUUGUCGGUUGGUCGCAGUGAACGGUUGCUCUGGCACGCGCUAGCUUGCUCGCAAAACAUUGCAAUGCUCCGGAUUUCGCGGUGUGGAGAGACAGACACCUCACGAGUGUCGUAGGGGGGCGAAUGUGUAAAGAAGACCUCAUAGCAACCGAUUUCGCGCAAUCUUGGUGCACGCCGCUCGGUGACGGCAGAUAACGAGAGCUCCGUGAAGAACACGCCCCGGUCGAGAAAACAAGAGGGAAGCAAGCUUCCAAGCCGGAACCGUCGUCUGACAACACUGUUGUUGCCGUUCGGUGCACAUGGGAUGAGAGAGGGCGAGCAUUGCACUCUGGCUGCUACCGAAAGCCUCAGCGCCGGAGUCGGGUUUUUCGCGCAUGUCAGCGCUCGUAUCUAAUCUUUACUCGCAACAUCCUCCCAGGCUUGCGUGGCGGCUUAGCGUCGCUUUCACUUGUUCCCGCACCCACUGUCGUAAGAGGCAGCAUUCAGCGUUUAUCUUUUGUGUUCUUUUUUAAAUCUCUGUUGCGAAGGGGCAAAAUAGUCACGUGAUGUUUCGUCAACAGAAGAUGUUACCGGCGUUGAACCAGCCGUACGGGGAGAGACGCCGUGCAACACAUUGUUGACGGGUGGCACUUCCUCCUCGUUGUAGAGUGGGCAUUUAUCCAACAUGGAAACGGCGCUUGCUUGCCAGAUUUCCUAGCGGUGCCUCUCGCCUUGUCUGCCUCACUUAGAGGUAUAUCUGGGAGGGAAGUCGCAACAAAUUUAGCGACCGUGCAUGCUUCGUCGAAGGACGGCAGCUCGCGGUCGGACUCAAUCGACGAUGCAGCCGCCGUCGAAGGCAGGUGGCGUGAUGGGCUUCGUCGGCACCAAGCACGUGCUGGCCGUGCUGUUCGCCUGCUUCGCGACCCACGUGUGGAUUCAGGGGUCGUCGGCCGUCGACAGUGUAGACCCGGACAUCUCCAGAAAUGUGUCGCAGAUCAUCGCCGACAAGGGCUAUCCCGUGGAGGAGUACGAGGUGGAGACGAGCGACGGCUUCGUGCUUCCGGUGCAGCGGGUGCCGUGGGGCAUCAAGCGUCGCUCCGACAAGCUUCCCCGAGGCGGAGCCAAGAAGGUGGUCUUCCUGCUCCACUACCUGCUGGGCUCGUCUGCUGACUGGGUCAUCAACUACCCGGAGCAGAGCCUGCCUUAUCUACUGGCUGAUUCAGGAUACGAUGUCUGGCUUGGAAACGUGCGGGGCAACACCUAUUCCCGCCACCUACGCUACAGGAAAGACGAAAGAGAGUUUUGGGACUUUUGCUUCGACGAGAUGAUUGCGUACGACCUCCCGGCCAUGCUGGACUUCGUGCUGAACGAGACUGGCCAGCAGAAGCUCUUCUACGUGGGACACUCCCAGGGCUGCCUCAUACUAUUUGGCCUGCUGGCCGAAAGACCGGAGUACAACGAUAAGAUCGAGCUGUUCACUGCUAUGGCGCCGGUGACCACAGUGACGUACAUGAGGUCCCCUAUACGCUACCUGGCACCAUUUGUGGAGGACGCAGGGGCCGUGUUCGCCAUGUUCGGCGAGUACGACUUCCUUCCGAGCAGCCCGUUGAUGAGACUCGUUGCCGGAACCCUGUGUCUGUUCGAGGAGUCGCGCAGCCUUUGCGAGAACACAAUCUUUUUUAUUUGCGGACCGGAAGGGCCGCAACUCAACAAGACUCGGCUCCCCGUUCUUGUGAGCCACACGCCGGCUGGUACGUCGGUGAGGAACAUGGCACACUACGCUCAGUUAGUGCUAAGUGAGAAGUUCCAGAAAUUCGACUUCGGCAAGACAAGGAAUCGAGUGCGCUACGGACAGGAGACGCCUCCCGUGUACAACCUGUCGCGGGUAACGGCGCCUGUGGCGUUGUACUGGAGCAGCGGCGACUGGCUGGCCGACCCAAAAGACGUGUCGCAGCUCCGUGACCAGCUGCCCCGGCUGGUGCUGGACUUUCGCGUGCGAGACCCUUCCUUCACGCACCUGGACUUCAGCGUGGGCGUCGGCGCGCGCCGCCUGGUGUACGAGCCCCUCAUGAAGGCCAUGACCAGCGUGCGGACUCUGUUGCACCAUUUUUACCCCGAAUCGUGAACAUAGUUGCAGAAGCUGCGCAACGAACCAUUCGUAGCCAAAGCUGUUCAGCCCCAAACCACUUGCGGAACUCGGAGUCUCCAGAUCUGGGCAUCGUCCUCAAAGGCCGAUCGAAGUGUGGUGACUCUGGCAUUCCAAGAAAAAUUCUUGAUGGCAAGAUGGCGUCGUUGGUGCUCCCAAUGACGCUAUAUUUCAGGUGAUAGAUUAAAGAAAAAGGAACUACACAGUCUUAGAAUGACAGACAUCGAUGACUGAAAUAACAACAAAAACUAGCAUAGCCACUUUUGUAGCGUUCUGUCGCACAAGAAGGAGAGACCCAAAUCUAAAGAAAUGCAUAUGCUGUUAUUUCUGGGGCGUCACGCACUCAAGUCACCAGGAGUGGGCUUAUGGCGCAAAGACAAUUUAGAAAAAAAAAAUACCUUUGGUCAUUUAUAUUUUUGUUUUUGUCCUGUCUUGUGCAGGCGGUAAAAAAGUUUCAGAAGUUGGUAAUACUGGCCUACAAGUACCUAGACCACGUUCUCACUAACUGUAUCGUUUCGUUAUGACCUGACAUUUUCUCUCAUGACCAACAUGACCUGUCGAUUCAGACAAAUUACGGGCACAGUCGUGCUUUGAUUUAGGUAGCCACUGAGCUUCCACAACCAUGACCUCUGAGAUUGAGCGACGUGGCUCUAAGCGACAUCGACCGAUCACAGAGACCAUGUUGUAACACUCAAUAACGAUCUCUGCGAUGCGAAGUUGUUUGAUAAGCAUAUCAUUUGCUCUAUGGCCUAGUCGAUGUCAGACGUGCACGGUUACAAAUUAUACAUCCAGGAUUUUCUGAGGAGUAUUGUCGAAGCGCAGAGACCACUAUAUUAGAUGGAAGCGUCAAGGAAAGAAUGGGAUUACGCAUAAUGUUAACUCUCUCCAACGUGUUCGCGAGCAGGUCUCGAGAAGUCUACAUGUUGAAAACAGCGCCGCAGACGAUGGGUAACAGCAGAAUUAAGGCGGACUACACAGAGGAGGAGGUGGAGGAUAACAAUUUCUCAGCAAUUUGUGCGAUCAUGACUUGCUUGAAGAACACAUCUUUACUAAAUUUCUGUUUGAUCGACGCUGAGAGCUUUUGGUUAUGAAGCGUUAUGCCACGAAUGUCUAACGAAUGUUGAUAAAGUGGUUACCGCUUCAUUCGAGGAGAGAAACUGCCCUCCAUCUGGUUACAAGAUGAUACACUUAGAGUUGAGAGUUACAAAAAAAAAAAAAAAAGAAAGAAAGAAAAUCUACCCUUCUGGUUUCAAAUGUUUUGCCUCGAAUAUCUAACGAGCCAUUAUACAAUGACGUAACUAUUUCAUUCAAAGUGAGAAACUGCCCUCUAUUCUUGAAGAAGACGAUGAAAUUCCAUCGUAGAUGCCUUUCUGAACACCGCGGUUAGUGUCCCAUCAGAAGGAAUGGACAAAAUAUGUUCCACUCGAAAUAAUGAAAAUGGCCCUGCUAAUCACAGAAAAGAAAUCGAACUUCAAGAACACCAGGGACCGGAAUUUCCUUUAUUUCCAGAGGUUUUCUAGUGAAAGGUAGGUCACGGAUUGGAUCUCUUAAAUACAUUGUAGGCGUCAAAUCGCCAACUUUGAUGACACGCCUGACGCUGACUACGCGGUCAUAAAAGAGUGAAUGUAAAUGUUUACUCACGCAUUCUUUCCCCCUGCUAUUCAAGCUAAAAUGUUCCUAUUUUUUGUGUCCAGCAUGCUUUCCGCGAUUUCCUGUGAUGACUGCUGAGAAGUAAAAGACUUGCGCGCAUUA